CAAAACCACAACACCAUCACCCUCAAUGUCCACGACAACAGCUUCUGUGCCAUGAACCCCAACUUCAUUGUGGUGGUGACCGAGUGCGUGGGCGGUGGCACCUUCCUCGUCAUUCCCAUCAAGCAGACAGGCAAGCUUGAUCCACAUUAUCACAAAGUGUGUGGGCACAAAGGAAAUGUUCUGGACAUCAAGUGGAACCCAUUCAAUGACUUUGUAAUAGCCUCAUGUUCAGAAGAUGCCACAGUUAAAAUCUGGGACAUCCCAAACCACUUGCUAAAAAGAAACAUUACCACUCCGAAGAAAGAACUUCUUGGGCAUACUCAAAGAGUCGGUCUGAUUGAAUGGCAUCCCACAGCUGAAAACAUCCUCUUCAGCUCUGGCUAUGACUACAAGAUCAUUAUCUGGAACCUUGAAGUCAAGGAUGCCAUUCUUCGAAAGCCAGUGAAGAUUCUUGAUGCUCACAAAGAUGUGGUCCUCUCCAUGUCAUUCAACACAGAUGGCAGUCUCCUUGCCACUGCCUGCAGGGACAGAAAGAUACGUGUGAUAGACCCUCGUGCUGGAACAGUCCUACAGAAAGGAAACUCUUAUUGGUUACUAAAGUGCUACAUUACCAUCAUUGGU